GAAAAAAUAUGUCCGCUGUUCAGUACGUAGAAGAAAUACAAUUUUCAUCAACACAAAAGGCUUCAAAUAUAAAAGUCCAAAAAAUUCAUAACGAAUCGAUUUGAUAAUUGUCCAAAACGUGUUGCAAAACAAUUGUUUAUUCAGUGGAAAUGAAAUACAAUUGAAAGAGACUUAUUUAAAGACCUACAACGCAUGAAUAAUUAAACUGUUAAAAAAGCUUCGAACAAUUUUUCUCCGAUUAAAAAUUCCAUCCAAUUCCACAAGAAUAAGUAUUUUCUCAAUAUAAAAAAUAUUGUGUUCAAAUAUUGAAAUAAAUAAAUUGAAAAACUGCAAAACAUUUGCAUAUGUUACCUCACGCGUGAUGCUGUGAUGCUGUCUCGUGUAUAGUUAAUUUUGAAUUGAAUAAAUAGUUAAGAAAAGAACAGAGAACAUAAGUCGUAACUUCAAAUUAUUCCAUUGUUAAAAAACCAUGGACCCGCCACGGUACACAACUUCACCAUCACUACGGGUUCGAACGAAAUCAUUGAACCAAUUAAAGAAAUGCACUGACGUUGCCGCUGAAAGUGAGUUGCAUUUAUGCCCAAGUGUAAUGUCAGAAGAUACAAGAAAAAUGCUUCCACCUACAUCUGAAACCGUUAUGACAAAGCCAUUUCCUAUUCGAGGUGAACGGGCAAUAACUGACGUCUCAGCACCUCAUGUUAUAGCUAUGGUUGGGCUUCCCGCUCGUGGUAAAACCUUCAUUUCAAAGAAGCUGACACGUUACCUUAAUUGGAUUGGCAUUGGUACGAGAGUAUUUAAUUUAGGUGAAUACAGGCGACAUGCAACGUCUGCUUAUAAGAGCCACGAAUUCUUUCGACCCGAUAACGAAGAAGCAAUGGCCAUUCGCAAUCGUUGUGCUACUCAAGCACUGGCUGAUGUCUGUCAAUGGCUGCAUAGCGGUCAGGGAAGCGUUGCUGUAUUCGAUGCAACAAACUCUACCGUUGAUAGGAGAAAGCUUAUCUAUGACAUUGUUGUUAAAGAGAACAACUUUAAGUUAUUCUUUGUUGAAUCAAUAUGCGAUGAUCCGCAAAUUAUAGAACAAAAUAUUAAAGAAGUGAAAGUCAGCAGCCCAGAUUAUACAAAUAUGAACACAGAUCUGGUGGUUCGAGACUUUUUGCAAAGGAUAGAACACUAUGAAGAACGUUACCAACCUCUGAAUGAAAACGAUGAGCCACAUUUGUCUUUCAUGAAAAUAUUUAAUACCGGAAAAACUGUCGUUGUCUAUAAUAAUGAAGGACAUGUGCAAUCAAGGAUUGUGUACUAUUUGAUGAACAUCCAUAUAACGCCCCGCACUAUCUAUUUAACACGGCAUGGGGAAAGCGAGCAUAAUUUGCAGGGCUUGAUUGGAGGUGACUCGAAUUUAAGUGUUCGCGGUUGGAAUUAUGCUGAUGCCUUAGCAGCGUAUAUAGAACAGCAGAGCAUAAGUGGAUUGCGUGUUUGGACGUCCUGGAUGAAACGCUCCGUUCAGACUGUUGCCCAUCUUAAGGCACCACAGGAACGCUGGAAGGCGCUCAAUGAAAUAGACGCUGGUAAUUGUGAAGAAAUGAGCUAUGCUGAAAUUCAACAAAAAUUCCCAGAAGAAUUUAAGGCACGUGAUCAGAAUAAGUUUGCCUACAGGUAUCCAAGAGGAGAAAGCUACGAAGACUUAGUGGCACGGUUAGAGCCAGUUAUAAUGGAAUUGGAACGUCAAGGCAAUGUACUAGUGGUCUCUCAUCAAGCUGUUUUGCGAUGCUUGUUUGCCUACUUCUUGGACAAGUCGGCAGACGAACUACCAUAUUUAUAUGUUCCACUACACACAAUAAUCAAACUAACCCCCGUUGCCUAUGGAUGUAAAGUAGAACAUAUAAAAUUACCAAUAGAUGCAGUUAACACACAUCGACCAAAACCAACAUCGCCUGGCGAAGUGGGAAAACUUGAAUCCAAUCAUAUAUGAAGAUGAUAUUCUGCGAGUGGUUCUUUGCUGGUCAAACCAAUUUGUUUUAUACCCUCACCAGAUAGGCUCUAAAAUAUAUUAAUUGCAUUUUUAAAUUUUAAAGUUCGUUCUUUAAAAAAAAAAUCUAUUGAAUUUAAAUUCAAAUCUAACUGAUCUAACGCAUGCAUAUUAUUAUUAAAAAACAAUUAAAACAAAUACAAAAAUAAUAUAAAAGGUUAUGUUGUACAGAUAUUAGAAGUUAAUAAAAUAAACUUAUUUGUUGUAUACUUUAAAGUUGCAGUAUAA